UAUUGUCAAUGGCAGAAAUUGUCAGCUGUCAGCUGUACUUUUGGUUUUUGGACUUGUGCGGUUUUUUAUCGAAUAUUGCAUAACUAGUAACUAGUGGCAGAGUUAUUUUUCACCUAAGAAAAAGUUGAAAUGGCUGCUAAAAGAAUAGCCCAAAGUUCCAUUAACUGGAGCCAAUUGUCGGAAAGAGUUCCCGAGCAUCAACGCCAUAUAUUUUUGGCUUUUAAAUCGAAAUCCGAUAGUUAUCUCAGAAGAGUACUAGCUCAACCUGAAAGUCCCCCAGCGAUUGACUGGUCUUAUUACAAGCAACAUGUCCCAGUUGCUGGCAUGGUUGACGAUUUUCAAAAGCAGUAUACUGCCUUGAAUAUUCCUUUUCCUCCAGACACAGUCAGUAAACAAAUCGAUGCACAAGAAAAGGAAAUCAAAGCCGACAUUGAGAAAUUCAAAGUAGAAUCUACAGCUAGAAUUACAGAAUACAAAAAGCAAUUAGCUCAUUUAGCCGGCCUUUUGCCAUAUGAACAAAUGACCAUGGAGGAUUACCGUGAUGCUUACCCAGAAACUGCUCUUGAUCCUAUUAACAGACCAACAUACUGGCCCCACGAUGCUGAAGAACAAAUCGACUAUGUGGCCAAGGACGCACCACCAUCGGCACACUAGUCUUUGAAAAACUAUCGAGUUUGUUUAAAUACAACAAAAUAGAAUUAAUUGGUGAAUUUUAUUUUGAAGCUUUCUUUGAUGAAAUAUACUUUCUGUCAUUUAAUGCAGACCUAGUAAUUUGUUAAUAUUGUAUUAAAAUAAAUAUUGAAACAGAUAAA